AUGCCAGCAACGAAAGAGGGCCGAGUAACCAAGGCCAAAACGGCACGUCGGUCCCUGGAAACCCGCAUCCGACGCGUCCCGGCAGCUACCAAAAACCAGCCGCUGGUUGAGCGCACCAACGCACUCACCAUUGAAGAAUUUACAUCACGCUACGUGUCUCCGCUCAUCACGGCGACUCAUCAAGAUGCCGAAAAUCCGGCUCUCGACAAGAAGACCUCUCUCGCGGCUGGAACCCAUCUGGACGUGUAUUCCGCCGCAACCAUCUCCCGCGCAGAUCUGGACGCAUGUCUCGAUCUUGUCGAGUUCACCUCCGGCUCAGACUACGCCGCUUCAGGCGCAGGCUGGUCCCGCCCCAAGAAGCGCAAAGAAAUGAAACUCCCCGACAUGAAGUACCUGAUUCUGCGGGGCGUCGCGGAACAAGUAUCGGAUGCGUCCCAAAGCGAGAAUCCCACCGGAUCCGACAAGCCGAGCUCGCCAUCGGGAUUAGAGGAUAAUCCCAAUGUGCUAGGAUUCUUGUCGUUUAUGGUUACCUAUGAGGAUGGGAAAGAGGUGGCUUAUUGCUACGAGAUCCAUUUAUCGCCGAGGGCCCGGGGUCGGGGGCUCGGCGUGCUGCUGAUGACGCGGAUGGAGGAGAUUGGCCGGCUCGUCGGGUUGGAGAAGGCGAUGUUGACGGUUUUCAAAUCCAAUGCGACGGCUAGGAGGUUUUAUGAGAAGGGUGGUUAUGAGGUGGAUGAGUACUCGCCGCAACCGCGAAGGUUGCGGAAUGGGACGAUUAAGGAGUUUGAUUAUUUGAUUUUGUCGAAGAGAUUGAAGGAUUGA